AAAAUGAAAAUGGGAAGUGAUGUUAUGGUGUCAAAAUUCAAGAAAAUUUGGGUGUUUUGUGGGAGUAGUCAUGGAAAGAAAAGUAGUUAUCAAGAUGCUGCAAUUGAGAUAGGCAAAGAAUUGGUCUCAAGAAAUAUUGAUUUGGUCUGUGGAGGAGGUAGCAUAGGCCUAAUGGAUUUGGUUUCCCAAGCAGUUCAUGAUGGUGGUAGGGAUAUUGUUGGAGUUAUUCCUAGGGCACUCAUGCCUAGAGAGUUAACAGGUGAAACAGUAGGAGAAGUGAAGGUAGUUGUAGAUAUGCAUCAAAGAAAAGCAGAAAUGGCUAGGCACAUUGAUGCUUUUAUUGCUUUACCAUGUGGUUAUGGCACACUUGAAGAGCUAUUUGAACUAAUUACUUGGGCAGAGCUUGAUAUCCACAAUAAGCCAAUAGGAUUGCUGAAUGUGGAUGGAUAUUACAAUUCGCUAUUAUCAUUUAUUGACAAAGCUGUGAAGGAAGGCUUCAUCAGUCCCAAUGCUCGCCAAAUUAUCGUAUCUGCGCCAACAGCAACAGAGUUUGUCAAGAAACUGGAGGAAUAUGUUCCUUGCCAUGAAAGAGUUGGACUUCCAUACACAUAA